AUGUCAGUUGUUGAUCUGAUUAAGGUACUUGCCACUGCAUUCAGCAUAUGCCAAUACGGACAAGUAGCCCACGGCGCUGGGCACCACCUUGGAGUUGUCCUUCACAAUAAUCCGAAUGAUGCUGUGGAAAGUCAGAAGUGGGCAUAUGCGGCCAACCUCGUUCUCUUUCCCGCCCUGGCCUUCCCGAAACUCAGCAUCUGCGAUGCCUACUCCCGCAUCUUCGGCGAGAGCCUCAUCAACCGGCGCUUGAUCCAAGGCCUCAUCAUCCUCAUCGCAGUCCCGACCAUCCCCUUCUUCUUCCUCUCAGUCUUCCAGUGCAAACCGGUUAACGUGUACUGGACCGAAGGCCGCCCGUUCGCCAAAUGUCAACUGAUAGAUUUCAAAAUGUUCUACAUCCAUGGAGGCCUUAACAUCUUCUGCGACGUCGCGCUCAUGAUCAUCGUCAUGCCACGCGUCCUGGAGCUCCAUGUCAGCCAACGUCAGAGAUGGGCAUUGGUUGGGAUCGUAGGAUUAGGUUCGCUGGCCGCCAUUGCUGGAGUCCUACGGAUGACGCGCCUUUCCAUGACCCUGAACAAACCGAAUUUCGAUUCUAGUUGGGAUGCAUACGACGUCUCGAUUUGGACCUCGGCCGAGAUAUACGUCAGCUUGAUAUGCGCUGCGGCCCCAGGAGUGAAACCUGUGGUUUCGCUUGUACUACCUAAGUUGCUGGGGACGUCGCUUGGGAGUCGGACUCGUACCACGACUGGAGAUGGAAAUACCGUACAUGGCGGUGCUGCACCGAUCGAAUUGCAUUCGAAGAUGAAGAGGGCGACUAUUGGCAGCGCAAGAACGAGGAGGAAUACACACGAAAGUAUCCUGGAUGAAGGGGAUGGACCGUAUACCGAAGUCGGCAGAGGCCUAGAUACAGAAUCACUGAACUCAAGAGAUGGUAACAGUGAGAGACGGCACACGAGAAAGGGGUCAGAGAUAUUGAUAACCCAAUCGAAUGCUCUUUGA